AUGUCAGGAGCUUUUUCGUCGGUAGUAAAUUUUACUACUGAUCAAUUUCUUAAACGAGCUGGAAAGCUCUCUGUAUUAACCGACUUGGAGAGCAAAAGUGAGUCGGGUCAAUUGGACUGUCCAUUGCAGUUUCCAAAGCAUCAUAAGCGACGACGAAAACGUCUUGCUCUGAAAAAAAUAGCUUCUAGUGCAUCUGGUGAUGAUCAUCUUUCGAAUGCUAAUAUUAAAAAUAUCAUAUCUCGUGCUUUCGAUGAUGCUUAUAAUCUUCUCGCCAAACUUGGUGUGAACAUUGUUCUUGAAAAAAAAAAGAUGAAUAGCAUCGGUGGUGUGAGCUCGUUUGUACGUACUCAAUUUGAAAACAAAUUCAAAAAAAUCUCAUACGAUGAUUCUCAAACAUACUCAUCAGAUGAAGAAUCUAGUGAGUACUUAAAAUCUAAUGUUGAUCUUUCACCAAGAUCCGAUGAUGACUGUUCGUCUGAAGAUGAUGAUGAUAUACCGUCGCUUUCAGCAAAUGGUAAACAACAAUUUCAUGGGAUGAGAAUCUUUGAUAAUGUUCCUCCUUCCGUAUCUAACUCAUACUUCAAAGUUGAUAUUGAUGGCAAAAAACAAUUUAUCCACAAACAAACAGCUUGCUGGCUUCUAGCAGAUGGCAAAGCUAAUUUGUCAGCUGAUCGGCUUAAACGAGUUCAACAAUCAAGUCGUUAG